AUGUCGAGAACAGACACACCGGAGUUUGACUGGUCCGCCAACGCGGACCAAAUGAAGGUGGCUUACUACGCAGCAUUUCGCCGCAAUGAUAGCAGUUCCUCUACAGAACAACACAAUACGGAAACAUACAUCUCCUCCGCACGAGGCUGGGACGAGUUCAAAGCCAUGAGCGUUCCUGACCUCCUGCAUCUCGAUGAGACCAGCAUCUUACGCUUCCGAAAGACGAACUCGGGACACGGCUGCUCAAACCUACACGAUACGGAUUUCUCACGAACUGGUCACAUUCGGUCAAGUCGUAUGCCAACAGGCAAACCCCCUGCCGCAAAAAUGUACGGUGUGUUGUGGCUGUUCUUUAUCGAUAACACCGCCCUCAUCGGUGAGGACCUCGCGCAACGUAUGCCUUGGCAGUUUGGUACAGGCAGACCCACUAGUGACAAGGAGUCGGGCACGAGUAUCAUAACUAUCGGCCGUGUCACGGCACCCCCGGAUAUGACCGAAGAUGACUUCGAUGUUAUUGAGACGGUAUCCUUCGACGAUGGCGCUAUGCGGCACAAUGACGACUGGAGCAAAAUGGAAGCAAAAUACAAUACACGCACUCAGAUGCGCUCCAGCGUGGAUGCUAUCUGUAUCGUGCCUCCACCAGCCAAUGACUCAAGCGGCGUGCAAUUCAUGAGGAUCUGCGGUCUCCCCACAUUCGAACUCGGUGCUGACCCACGUCUUCUGAAUGCAAAUAGACUCAUGGGACCUGCCAGCACGCCUCAGCAACCCGCAACUACGCCGCAGCAACCUCCGAUUAUGCCUCAAGCACCUCCCGCGGAACCCGUAGUUCUCCAGUUACGUCUCAGACUUACACUACAUGAACCCACGAUUACCUCUGAACAACCAAGCGAUACACAAGCUCUUAUUGAUACUACACAACGGGUGAUCAGUACCACUAUGGAGCAGACAGUCGAGACACCUAUAAUCUUGACUAAUACCACACAGAUACCUAUCAUCUUACCUACAGAUGACGCGCUACGAGCCGACACACCUGAGGUUCGAGUGAAGAGGGAACUCACAAAACGAGUCCACAACGAUAUCACGCAGACCCCCUCGAGGAACUGGACUAUCCAACCUAGCGAAGCGUCCUCCGUCGCCAUGGCCAGUCUAUUACGCAAUACAAUGUCCGCCGCCGAUCAAUCUAUGCUACACUAUCUACAGCAGUGCCUAGUCGCGCAUUCCCUCCUCCAUCGCACCCUACAUCAGAAAGGUGCCAAUUCGCCAGAAACUACCGCCGCCGCGAUGCAGUCCGCAGAAGUUUGCGUGACAUUCCAAGAAUUCGCGAAACAGUGUAAUCUGUGCUACAUGAGCAUGGAACAACGGGCUACUGAAAACCACCGAGCUGCCGCCAUCAUCCAAGAUACCCUGUGGAAGUUGCAGUUCCCCGGACGAGCUGUACGCCCUGAACUUCGCAGUUCAGUCAUCACUGACAUGGCAACCUUCCUACUUAGCGACGAGAAGAACAUUCCGCUUCGUGCCGUCGGCUUUCUGCAGAAGGACUCCGAAGACAACUAUUAA